AUGUUAAAAAGUACUAGUUUGGAAAAAGUAAAUGGUACUAAACUAGGGGAAUUCCACGCCUUGGCUGUUAAAAAAGACGAUUCGAAGCGCUUUGUACGUAUGAUGGGUAGAUCAAUCAGAUUCUCUACUGCAUUAAAAAGAAGAGAUACCGGUAAAGAUAUACUCUUUGAACGAUAUCACAUAACGAUAAAACCCAAACUCCAUAAAAGCAGUUCUUUAUCUGACCUUACCACGAAUUGUUAUAUUACUACUAAUAAUACAUACAAUCUUGUUUUAUUAUUCAGUAUGUGCAGCACAGAUGAGUUCAGUACACAAAAUACAGCAACAUUUCCUUUUAAAGCUACUCCUAGUGGUAAUCUAAAAGUACAAUCAAAUCAGGUAGUAUUUCAGUCUUCAACGGUCGGUGUACUACUAGCUGAUCCUACACAAGCUAAAGUAAAAGUAAAGUUUGAAGGAAAAGCGGCUGGCGACACUAAAAAUUUUGAAACGAGUAAUGAAUCUGAACCACAACUGCAAUAUGGUACACGAGAUAUGAAAAGUAAUAAUCAAAAUAAAACUACAGUUGGCAGAAAUUCAAAAGUGAAGGGCUUGAAUACAAAAGAAGACAAAGGAAAAGACCUUAAUAGUCUUGGAUAUGCAAUAGCUGAACCAAUAGACUGGAUGCGAAUACAGCUGCCUAAAAAACAGGAUUUGUUUCAAGAAUUUUAUCGGCGAAUACAUAAUUUCGUAAAUACCGAUACGAUAGUUCAAAUUGGUGCUGAUGAAUUUAACUGUCAUCGUAUAGUCCUUCAGAUUUACUCAUCCUAUUUCGAUAGAAACGGACAACGUAAAAUAGAUUUAUCAUCUGCCAAUAUCUCUCCUGGAACAUUUCGAACAAUCUAUGAAUGGAUGUUAUUUAGUGGCACAGAAAGCAAUAAAGUAAUAAAAAGAGAUAACGUACUAGCGUUAUUGUGCGCUGCUCAGUACCUAGAAAUAAAAGAUUUAGAAGAGCAAUGCUGGUCGUUUAUAUUGAAUGAAAAUUUGUUCAACGAAGAUACAGCAUUUGCUGCGUAUAGAGAAGCUAGGCUUCGAAAAAUAGCACCAGUGAUAGAUAUAAUGGUGCCCCGAAUAAUGCGGUUCUUUUUGCCACUGGUGGCUUCUAGUGAUUUUCUUCAACUGGAACUUGAAGAAAUAAUUACUUUACUGAAAUCUAAUUUUAUAUGUGUCACAAGUGAAAUAGAAGUUUUAAUGGCUGGAGUGCGUUGGUUGUACGGAAAUUGGUCGGUCCGAAGCCGUUUCGCCGUAGAUGUUAUGAAAUGUGUUCGUUUCGGCCUAAUAUCGCCCUGGAAACUGGUCGAUAUCAAGAGAAAUCCAGAGAAUAAUGAGAUCAUGGAAAUCGUUAACAAACCUGAAGUACAACAGAUGGUCGACGAUGGACUUGCAUAUGUUAUUAUUAAGUACUGGUACGGCAACAACUCCAAAAAUUAUUACCAUUGGAUAGAUGUUUUGGAUCUAAAGGAACCAGCUGAGAGAAAUUGGAUAGGGGAAGAAAAGAACCACGUCACGUACAAGGAUUUUCUCAAAUAUCUCGAGCAGUUCUUGGUACCGAAGGAGCAGAUGUACCAACAGAUGGCGAUGAUGCAACGACGUAGCGACGACAGUCCCGGAAGUUUACGCGGAAUGGAUGCAGAUAAAAAGGAGAUGCGACGGACAAAAUUCGACUUUCCUUUACCCGCUACCUUGAAAGGAUUGGCCAACGAUAACUUCCCGACGAUAAGUGAUUUCUUUGAGAAUAGAACAAAGGAUAGAGAAAACGGUCAAAAUUUUUCGCGGAAUCGAUCCCCGCCACCGAUGGAAAUAGAAAAACUCAAUGAAUUACAAAGCUCCGAAAAAAGCCCAAACACGGAAUAUAAUACCAAAAACAAAGAGAUGGCUCAUUCGACUACAAUAUACGAACCGCCAGAAAAGGACUCGGCUGAAGAGUUGAAUACUACGAGUGAAACUAGUAGUGAAGUUGUUGGAACUAGUACUACAGAAAAUAAUCAAUACCCAAGUAGACAAAAUGAAAGAAGAAUCAGUAUUGCGGCUACUUAUUUAGCUGAAGCAACAGCAGCUUUGACUGGAUCUAGAAGAGAAUCGCAAAGUCCUGCACGUGCCCAAACAACAACUAAUGUAUCUCAUCCAGAGCAAAUAAAAACUGCCACAACAUCGGCUAACAAAUUUUGCAGUCCACAAACUUCCAUGUUCAACCAGUCCAAAGAAUCUCUUGCAAGAAUUAACAUGAAUAAGUUAUCAACAUCAAUUCUAGGACCAUCAAAUAAGAACUACCUUGCAGAUGGUUCUCUCUAUAAUUGGGACAGGGAAACUGUAUUGAUCUUUGGAGGAAUCGAUCCUCAUACUGCCUAUGGUGUAGCGAAAAAUACGGGAAAAGACAUACUUUCCAGAUUUGAUCCUGUAACAAACUGUUGGGAUUUGGUUGGAGAACUUCCAGAACCAAGACAUCAUCAUUCAGUUGCCUUUUUACGAGGAAGGGUAUUUCUUGUAGGUGGUGCAGACCCUCGUGAAGAUGACUUACGAGGUAAGUCCGUAGUGGUGUCAACAGUUUGGAGCUUUGAACCAAUUACCCGAUCUUGGUACAGCGAAUCCGGACUUGCAAUACCACGGAAGAACUUUGGGCUUGUAGUACACCGCAUGGCGCUUUAUGCAAUUGGUGGCCAGGAUAAAAAAGACAGAGUACUUCGUUCAGUUGAACGUUUCGAUCCAAAGACUGGUUCAUGGAGUGAAGUACGAGCAAUGGGUACAGCGAGGAUGGCGGCAGCAGUAGCAAAAUAUCGUGACUAUAUAUGGGUGGCUGGAGGAAUGACUGGCGAGAAACGCCACCCUGUGUGUGCCAACGUUGAAUGUUACAACUCCAAGACGAAUCAAUGGACAGAGAUUCAUAGUUUACGAUUCCCGAGGUGUUUUGCAACUCUAUUUUCCAUGAACGACAAAUUAUACAUAAUUGGAGGUGCCGGCAAGAUCACUAAUAAGGAUAAAACAGCGAGUAGUGUUGGAGCUAUUGAUGCGUGGGACUGGAAAGAACGGCGUUGGAAAUUAGAGACUGAGAUGUCGAUACCUCGUCACGGCCACGCACUCGCGUACCUCGGCACUCAACUAAUUAUUAUAGGUGGAGUAACAACAAUCUACAUGAGAGCACUAGGUAAUGUUGAAUCGUACUGCUGCGAGCGCGGCGCCUGGAUACGCGGAAUCGCGACUUUGCCUUCGCCUCUUUCAGGCCACGGAGCUGUUACCUUACCGCCUGCUUCACUUAUGCAAUAAAUAUUGCUUGAAAAUCGGCCAUGAAAUAAAAUUACAGGCAUAUAAAUUAACAAAUAAAAAACUACCUAUUUAGUACAC